AUGAAUAGUCGUCGAAAUAGUGAGACUGAGAGCCUCAGAUACAAUAGGCUCAGCAGCACUAGCAGCAUGAGCAGUACUAGUAGUGCAGGGAGUACUUGCAGUAUUAGCAGUUUUAGUAGUUAUGAAAUAGAGGACGAGUUACUGAACGGGAAACUAGCCAAGGUUAUUGAACAAAAUGUUCCAUCGGGACAGACCCAUACAGCCGCGGAUAAAGAACGAAUCAAGAUCAUUAUUCGUCCCAGAACCCAUGGGCUAGACAAUAAGGCAUGGAGUAUCCACGGUAACACGAUUGAGCAUGUGGGCAAGAAGGUACGCUUCCAAUUUGCACGUAUUGUACCAACACAGGAGAAUUCUAAUCAUGACAUAUUUGUUCGUGAUUGCAAACCUUUAGUGCAUCGUGUUGCUACAGAUUGUAUUAGUGGUACUAUUAUUGCUUACGGUGCAACAGGUUCAGGAAAGACCUAUACAAUGCAUGGCACUAAAGCGGAGGGAGGUAUUGUACAGCUUAGUAUACGUGAUUUACUAACUCAACUCUCUAAAAAUUGUCAAAUUACUAUCUCAUACCUGGAGAUAUAUAAUGAACGAUUACAUGAUUUACUAUGUGAUGGUACUAAAGAAUUACGUAUCUUGGACGAUUCUGCACCAAUUGCAUGCCGUCUUCAUGGUUUAAAAGAAACUACAAUAACCCUUGAUGAUUCAGAGCAGAGUGUAUCUCGUGUGCUAGAAUUAGUGGCACAAGGUAAUCGUAAUAGGCGUGUUCGGAGCACACAACAUAAUACAGGUUCUUCGCGUUCGCAUGCUGUGUUGAGAUUACGUAUCACUGAUUCAAUGGGCAGCAAAGCACGAGUAUUGACCCUAUGCGAUCUUGCUGGUAGUGAAAGGGCUUCUGUACAUGAUCGUGGCUUACGUGCAGAAGGUGGCGCUAUUAAUAAAUCAUUAAUGGCCUUAGGGACUGUAGUUCGUCUUUUGAAUGAAACUGGUCCCUCUUCUACUCAUGUACCAUAUCGUGAUUCAAAACUAACGAGGCUUCUCAAGCCAAGUUUGAGUGGUAAUGGCCUGGUCACCAUGGUUUGUACUGUAAGUUUAUCUGGUACAGAUUACGAACAGAGUCUUGGCACAUUACGAUUUGCUAGACGUGCAUCUGGAGUUGUUCUUGGAAAAGUUCAAGAUCAUAUCCAAGAGCAAGAUCAUAUAAUAGAUAAUGACUCAUCCGUUGCAGAGAUACGCGAACUUAGAGCACUAGUAGAACAAUUACAACUAGAAUUACAAGAGCGCGAUAUUGCUUUAGAAACGAAGGACCGUGAAUUAAGACGAAUGGAAAUGCAUUUAGCCAAAGAAGUGGAAGGGUUUGAGAAAUUACUUCGACGUAAAGAUAUUAUCAUUGGCGUAUUACAGAACACUACCUAA